AUGGACGGCUUUAGUGAUGAUCUUUUCCAAGUUUUUCAGGAUGGCAUCAAACCUAUAGUUCAACUUCCCAAAAAGCGAGUUCGUGUUGAAUCUGAAAGUGAUGAAGAAGUGGAAGAUGAAUAUAAGGUAAAAAAAGAAGAAUUCAAUGGCUGCACUCACGAAUGUGCAUAUCCCGUUGAUUAUCAUCAAGUCGAAGUCCCUAAUCAGCCACCAGCAAAAAUUUAUCCCUUUACGCUAGAUUCAUUCCAGCAAUGCUCAAUCAAAUGCAUUGAAAAAAACGAAAGUGUUCUAGUAGCAGCCCACACAUCAGCAGGAAAAACAGCCAUAGCAGAAUAUGCUAUAGCUUUAGCUCUUAAAAACCAUCAAAGAGUGAUAUAUACUUCACCAAUAAAAGCUUUAAGCAACCAGAAAUACAGAGAAUUUAACGAUGAAUUUAAAGAUGUUGGGUUGAUGACUGGAGAUGUCACUAUUAAUGAAAGUGCAAGCUGCUUGGUGAUGACCACAGAGAUUCUGAGGUCUAUGCUUUAUAAAGGAAGUGAGGUUGUAAGAGAAAUGGCUUGGGUAAUUUUUGAUGAAAUCCAUUAUAUGAGAGAUAAAGAAAGAGGAGUGGUGUGGGAAGAAACAAUUAUUAUGUUACCUGAAGCCGUGAAAUUGGUGUUUUUGUCUGCAACAAUACCUAAUGCAAUAGAAUUUGCAGAAUGGAUUUGCAAGCUGAAAAAGCAGCCUUGCCAUGUGGUCUAUACAGAAUACAGACCUACACCUCUUCAGCAUUAUAUUUUCCCUGCUGGUGGUGAAGGGCUAUAUUUAGUUGUAGAUGAAACUGGAAAGUUUAAUGACAAAAACUUCAAAAAAGCUAUCGCAACUCUGACUGACACCCAAGAAAAUUACAAAAUUAAUAAAAAAGUUGGGACAAGCGGAAGCUCAGAAGUGGUAAAAAUUGUUCAAGUGAUUAUGGAGCGAGAUAUGCAGCCUGCAAUCGUCUUUAGUUUUAGCAAAAAGGACUGCGAAGCUCAUGCUAAAUCAUUGAAUAAGUUUGAUUUUACAUCAGAAGAUGAAAAGAAUCUAAUCCAGCAGAUUUUUGAUAACGCAAUUGAUACUCUUGCAGAGGAAGAUAAAGAGCUUUCCAUGAUAGGGAAUAUUUUACCUUUGCUCAAAAAAGGUAUAGGGAUUCACCACGGAGGGCUAUUGCCUAUAAUAAAAGAAGUGACUGAAAUUUUAUUCCAAGAAGGAUUAGUCAAGUGCUUAUUUUCUACAGAAACUUUUAGCAUGGGGCUCAAUAUGCCUGCAAGAACUGUCGUGUUCACUAAUGUCAGGAAAUUUGAUGGGGAUAAUUUUAGAUGGAUUUCUGGAGGAGAAUACAUACAAAUGUCAGGAAGAGCUGGCCGUCGUGGAAUUGAUGAUAAAGGUAUCUGCAUUUUAAUGCUAGAUCAAAAAAUGGAGCCAGAUAUCGCAAAGGGCAUGGUUAAAGGUCAUAUGGAUCCUUUAAAUUCUUCAUUUCAUUUAAGCUACAACAUGCUUUUAAACUUGAUCCGCAUAGAAGAUUCUCAGCCUGAAUAUAUGAUAAGAAAAUCAUUCCAUCAAUUUCAAAAUGACAGAGCUUCUCCAACUAUUCGGAAAAAGAGAAAAGAGCUUCAAGAGAAGUUAGAGUCAAUUUAUAUAGAAAAUGAGCAUGAGUUAGAUGAAUACAGCAAUAUAGAAACAGCAAAACAGGCAAUAAAACAAAAAAUGAAAACCUAUAUGCAACAGCCAGAAAAAUUGUUGAGAUUUAUAACUCCAGGAAGAUUAGUUUAUGUGGUUGAUCCAAGUGGAAUCCAUUGGGGAUGGGGAGUUGUCGUGAAUUUUACUAACUCUCCUCUCCAUGAGUGAACAAAAAAUUUUGUUCGCGGUUAAUCUAUUAUUUUUAAAAAAUUUCUAUAAAAUUUAUAAAAAUAUUUUUGUUCAAAAUUUCCAAUUUGUAAAAAUUGAGAAGCAAAAAAUUAACUUAAUUUGCGAAAUUUAUAUUUUAAAAUGCAAGUUAUUUAAAAUUAUCAGAAUUAUCUAGAGAUUUCAUAUGCUAAUUACCACUUAUAUAUCAAACUUUGUUUCACAAAAAAUAAUUUGAUUAAAAAAUAUUUGUUCGCUCGCGGAGAGUGGACUUUUGGUCAAAAAAAUAGCGAUUUUCAUGGUUUUUCUAUCGGGAGGGGAGUAAGAAAAAAGUUGAUAAAAGGAAGCUAAAAGACGUUAACGAAGAUGUUCCAGUUAAAAUUGUUGUUGACGUUGUGCUUUACGUAAACAUGAUGGAUAAACCAAUACCAUUAAAUGAUGUAAAUGCUGAAGGAGGCGAAGCACAUGUAAUUCCAAUGUAUCUAGAAUGUAUUGAAGAUGCCAGUACAAUAAGACUAUAUUUACCUUCAGACAUUAAAAGCAAAGAUGGGCUGAGAAAUGUAUUUGCAUCAAUAAGAGAAGUUUUCAGAAGAUUCAAUGGAGAAAUCCCUAUGUUAAAUCCUGUUGAAGAUAUGGAAAUAAAUGACCCUGAAUUUAUUUCCUGCUUACUCUUUCUCCCUUUUAGGUAGCAAAUUUUUUUUAGAAAAUUAACCCUCUUUUAAAAGCGAGUAAAAAAAUUUUUAUUAAAGAGGGGAGAUAGACAAAAUAAAAGAAUUAAAUAGCUUGGAAAAAGGCUUAGCUGUCGUUAACUCACCACAAUUUACAGAGCUAAAGUCUAAAUAUGAGGAGAAAAAAAAACUAAAGCAAGCAAUUUCGCUACUAAAUAAGCAGUUGAAAGCUAGCAAAACAAUGAUACUGAAAGAUGAUUGAAAGGCUAUGAGAAGAGUCUUGAGAAGGCUAGGAUUUAUUAGUGAAAAUCAUGUGGAGCUAAAAGGAAGGGUUGCUUGUGAAAUUUCUACAAGUGAUGAAUUAUUGACAACAGAACUUAUGCUUAGUGGUGUAUUUAGAGAUUUACCUGUUGAUGUGAUGGUUGCUUUGCUAAGCUGUUUAGUUCAUGAAGAAAAUUCACCAGAAACCAAAAUUCCAGCAAUUCCAGAACUUGCAUCAGCUUAUCAAUUAUUAACUUCAACAGCUAAACGGUUUGCUGAUGUAUUCGUUCAGAGUAAGCUGAAUAUCGAUCAAGAAGCUUAUGUAAACUCUUAUAAACCUUCAUUAAUGGAAGCAGUCUAUGCCUGGGCUCAUGGGUCAAAGUUUUCUGAAAUUUGCACUUUAACUGAUACAUAUGAAGGGACCAUUAUAAGAUGCAUCAGAAGACUUCACGAGCUAUUAAGACAACUAGAAGAUGCUGCAAAAUCAAUACAAAGUCAUGAUCUCGCGCAAAAGUUUACUGAAGGCACUCGGCUUAUAACAAGAGGUAUAGUCUUUGCAGCAUCACUAUAUCUUUAA